AUGAGAUUGGGAAAAUUGAAAAUUAAUAAUACAUUAAGAACAAAAUUAUUAAUAAAUAAUAGAAAUGAUGUAUUCACAAAAUAUUUUAUUUGUAGUUAUAAUACUUAUACUAUUAAGAUCAACUAUUUAAACAAAACUUACUUUAAUUUAUAUGAAAAGAGAUUUAUAAGAGUUGGAAAAUAUGCUGAUCAAAUAAAUUAUGAAAACACUUUAAAGUAUAAAAACAAAAGCACUCAAAAUGAAAAACAUAAAAGUGAUGAAAAACAAAUAAAUAUUUUUGAGGUGUUAAAUUCUGAUGAUCUUCAAAUAUCGCAACCUAAAAAAUAUAAAAAAAAAAUGGAACGUGAUGAUAACAAAAAAAAAGAGAGUGAAGUUGAUUUAAAUUUAAAUAACAGCAUACAUGAUAAAAGAAAAAUGAAAAUUAGUGAAAAAAAUAUAAAUAUUAUUAGAGAAUCAGUAAAAAACCAAAAAGAUAGAUUUAAAAAGAGAUAUGAAAAACAAAUAAUUCACAAAUUAAUGAGUAGUACUAAUAUAAAAAGUAUAAGGCAAAUAACAAAAAAUAAAGAGAAAAAAUAUAAUAAUUGUAUUUCAAGAAAACUUUUAAGAAAAUGCAUAUUUUUAAAUAAUUACGCAAUUACAAAUAGUUAUAUAAAUAAAAAAUAUUAUAUAAUAGUAAAAAAAAAUUUACAGGAAAAUGAUUUUAACAUGUCUGAAAUAAAGUCUAUGGAACUUUUAGAUGAAGUAAAAAAAAUAAAUGAAAGGAAAGGUGAAAAAGAUGAAAUUCAAAAUGAAGUAAAAGAAUUUCAAAUAGAUUCUGUUAAUUAUGAAAAUAAAAAUAAAAUUAUUAAAAAGAUAUAUAAAGCAUCAAUUAAUCAUGUAAGAGAUGAGAAUUUAUGGAAAAAAUAUGUUCAAAAUACCUUUAUUAUAUCUGUAUAUUUGGAUGCAAGUGAUAUAGUAAUUUUGUUUUGGUGUUUCAGUAAAAUUGGUUAUAGAGAUAAUAGGCUUAUAAACUUAUUAUGCUCAAUUAUAUUAAAAAAAAUAAAUGAAUUAAAUGCUUGCGCUUUAGCAUUAUUAUUAAAUAGCUUUAAAAAAUUAGAAAUAAAGAAAUAUGAUACUAUUGAAUUAUUAACAAAUCAAUUUUGUUUUCAUACAAAAAAAUGGACAUCUCAAGACAUAGCAUUAGUCUCUAAUGCUUUAGCAUUUUUUUAUAUUUAUCAUAAAACAUUUUGGAAAAAAUGCAUAUUAAAAUUGCAACAUAAUUAUUAUUAUUCAUAUCCUUUACAUUUAUGUCUUGUUAUAUCUUCUUUUGCUCGGUUGGAUAUUAGAGAAGGCAAUAUAUUGUUGUGUAUGAGCAAAUGUGCAAAAAAGUUUGCAAAAGAUUUUUCUCCAAAUAAUUUAUCAUUAGUAAUUCAUUCAUUUGCAAAAUUAAAGUUUUAUCAUCCAAAAUUUUAUAAUUAUAUGUAUCAGUAUGUUCAUAAGCAUUUAGAUAAACAAUUACUCAUAAAUAAACAUAAUGAUAAAGUUUUGUCAAUUAACCCUUCUAAGAUAUCAAAAGAAAAAGUGAAUGGAAAAAAUGAAAUUUUAUCUUUUGAACAAGAUAAAGAUUUUAAUAAUCUUAACAUAAAUAGUAUCUCAGGAAAAAAUAAAAACACAAAAGAAAAAUUAUUUCCUAAUGAGAAUUCUAGUAAUAAUAAUUUAGUCAAUGAUUAUAUGCAUGUUGAUUGUGUAAAUGAUCAACAUAAAAAUAAUGAUAGAAUAUUUGAAGAAAAAAACAUAACUAUUUCUAGUAAUGACCAAGAGAAGGAUGAAAAUUAUGAUGAAGAAUGUGAAGAAAAUAUAAACAAUGUUUUGAGUGAUAACCUAUCGAAAUCUGUUAAAAAAAAUACUUUUUUUGAUUUACAAUCUUUAGUGUUGUUACUUUUUUCUUGUGUUUGCUUAAUUAACUGCACUGAACAGAUGAUAUUAAAAAUAACUUAUUUAAUAAUUCCAUAUAAAGAUUAUUUAGGAGAUCAUAAAGUAGACAAAUUAAAAUAUGUAAGUGAUUAUUUACAAUAUGUUUUCCCUUCUAUAUUUGAAAAAUUUCCAAAAGAAAUAAAAGAUUUUUAUAAAUUUAUUGACAAUUAUGAAAUUAAAAGGAAAAAAUUAAAAUAUAGUGCAAGAUGGAUUAAUGAAUUAUCAAGAAUUUUAAUGAAAAUUAACGUAAAUCAUUUGAAGAAUGUUUACAUUAAUAAUAUAUGUGCAGAUAUAAUGUUAACAGAUUCUAAUGUUAUAAUUAAGUGUUUUGGACCAUAUAGCUAUUACGUAAAUUCAUUAGUUAGUACAUCAAUAUCUGAUUUGAAAAUGAAGAUUUUAGAAAAUAAAAAAUAUAAAGUUAUUACAUUAAGUUAUCAUGAUUGGAACAAUUUAAAUGAUUAUGAAGAAAAAAUUAAUUUUUUGUAUGCUUUUGGUAGAAACGCUGCUAAUUAUUUUUUUUUUAAUUCUAGAAAAGAAAGCUUAAGUAUGAACAAUACUAAUAGAACUAUCAACACAGAUAAUACUUUAUUAAAAGAAAAAAUUGAAAAUGAGCAAAAAGACAAAAAAGAAAAUUUCACUGAAUGCAAGAAUUAUACUGAUAACUCAUUAGAAGGUGUUGAAAAUGAAAAUUAUUUUUCUGAUGAAGAAAAUGAAAUAAUUAAUUUUAUAAAAAAUAGAUCAGAAAAUGAAGGAAAUAUAAAUAUGGAUGAAGAAAUAACAAGUAUUAAAAAUUUAUUAACAGAUGUAAAAAAAUAA